UCAGGGCUUGUUUUGAAAAAGGCAUUUUCAGAGCUGGAAUUGUUGCUACACGUUUCUCUCCCUGUUGUGCUGAUAGCUGGGAGGAUGGUGAUUCCAGUUUGCUGACCAAUUGCAGUGCAGUCAAUAAUCCUAUCGCUGUUGAAAGCGUGAGUUAUGACCACGUCCAGGCGAGAGGUGACCAUUCCUGGAUGGGACUCAUUGCAAUGGCGACAAAUUGUCAUUCAAGGUCCUCAGCAAAGUGCUGAUGUUGGCGUGAAGUUCAAUCACCAGCAGAGUGCGAGAUGCGGUGGAGGAUUUUGUUACAAGGAGAGUAACCAUGUAUCAUCAGUCACUCGCAACCGCUUUCUAGUUUGGCGCUGUCUUGGCAAUGUUCUGGAGUUGGUUGAGCAAUCUCUCGACGUGAAUCUCUGUAACAAUGCAGUUCGUUUUAGUUUCCCGGGUUGCUGUGUGCUGCCUGAUGUUGCCGUAACUGAGCUGGCCCAUGCUGUCGUUGUCCUAGUGGCCACGGACAAGACAGUCCACCGGCUGACGUUCCCGCAUCCGUCCAAACUGCCAGUGGUGUCGGACAACACGGUGACACUAACCGGGAGUGUGGAGCCAGCACAUCCGUCAGUGCUGUACAACUGCAGCAGCGACGGACUGCUGGACUCGUCAAACUACGCUCUCAUCACGAUCGGCGGUGGUGAUGCAACGCUGGUGCCCACCUGUUCAUCGCACCUCUCACCGACCGGCAAGGCGAUAUUUGUGCUGUCCACGCACGGGGGCUCAAUGCUCGUCAUCACACUACCACCGCCCGGUAGUGGAGACUUCUCACAACAAAUUGAACUUCGUCAGACGUCCAUGAUGCAGCGCUUGUGGACUGGUAUUGUGCCAACAAUGAUGAGGCAAAGCGGUGCUGUCCCGGAGAUGGUGUGUGGAUUGUGUUUGCACGCGUUGGGCAAUGAUGUUUACAUAUUCGCCCUGUGUCGGGAUGCAAAGCUGCGCAUCUGGUCUACUUCGCAAUGGGAGUGCUGUCACACUAUCAAUCUGCUCGACUACAUUGCUGAUGUGGACAAUCUGCAGCUGGCAGACGAUGUACAGCAUCAUUUGCGGAAGACUCCCGGUGACAGUUUGCGACGAGUUGGCUUAGCAGCGUGCCUUGCCUUUGACGGAAAGCAGCAGGUUUGUCUUCUUCAAGUCGAGGUGUCCAACAGCGAGAUGAUCGUCCAUCACAUUGCUAAUCGCCCGCUAUCAACGGACCGGGUCUUAUCCAUGUGUGUGUCGCGUACGGACGUCUGGCUGCUGUGCUCCGCACUCUCAGGGCAAACAUCUGUGCACCAUAGCUCUGUUGAUGGCACUCAGCUUGGAUCAUCAGCCUGGAACACUGUGAUGCGUGAUGAUCGCUACAUUACACGCCUAGACGGCACUGUACCGGUUGAUCAGUCACCAAUUGGCGUGUUUGCAGACAGUCGCACAGGUAUCGCCGGACUUGUGCAAGAGUCAUAUGUGUCACUAGUGCGGCCGUGUGAUGAGCUGGAAAUGGUAUAUCUCUCUGAAGACGGUCUCUCUAGUCAGGACGUGCCCCCACCCAGAUCCGGCAUGCUCUCGGAGUCCAGCUCCUGGGAGGACACCGUGUGCGUGCUACAGGUGUGUCGCAUGGUGUCGCAGCAGUUCUCUGCGCCAAGCCUGGAGCAGCUGGAUGCUCUGCUGGACUGCGGUGAUGUACAUGCCGCACUACAGCUUAUUACAUCCCUGCUUAGCUCUGCAGACCAAAGUGAAGAAUCUAGCUCGCAUGAUGGCCUCUCAGAGACUAUUCUUAGGCUGGCUGACAUUGAUGGGCUUGCUGGCACCAUUGCAUCACUCAUGUUUCUGCUGGAUGUAGCAGCAUCAACUGCGCAUGUGAUCGGAUCAUGUGAAGCAGAAGCGGACCCAGAACGUGCUCUUUGGUGCCAGAAGCUCUUCAGCUCCAGUUUAUCUGUGCUGGCUGUGAGCGGAUCAUUGCAGCAGAUUGCGACCAUACGGCGACGCAUGUGCCGUGACCUGCUGCUGACUAUCUAUGGUGUUCUGCAGCGGAGGAAUGAGAUUGGCCUCUCGACCAGCGAAGACUGGACACUAUCGUCGGAAUCGCGCGAGCAAGCCUUGCAGCUAGUGUGCAUGUACACUGCACUGACGUGGACUUCCGUCACACCAGUGCAGGUCAUCACGCAAUCACAACUGGAGACCAAUAUACAUCAGCUGGCUGCUCUGUCUCUGGGUGACAUCAUCAACACACUACACGCGUCGCACUCCGUCAUGCUGGCUAAUGGCUCCUCGCUGCUAGAGCUGUGUAUGGCGGCAACGGGCGGUCUGCAGCUGCGUAAUGUGCUGGCCACGCGCUCCGUCUUCUGGGCACCUCAGCGAUUGCCGCUUUUCCAGCUGUUGCUGACCUCCAUCAACGUCAUCAUGGACUUCCUCUGGGCAUUGCCUACAAACUCAUUCUUUGUGGAUUUCCUAGCAAGCCGAUGUCAGUAUCAGCGCAUUGAGGAAUUUAUUUCGCUCAACAGUCAGCAACAGAAAGGAGCUGACAGUGCUUACGCCACCUUUCUUCUUGGACAGUGCUACGUGCAAUCACGAGAGAUGGACAAAGCUACAGACUGCUUCAUCCGGGCAUCGCAGGGAGUCGACAGUGUGGAUGCUGGACCUAUGCAGCGCUUCUACGCAGACAUUGAGCACACUGACAGUGUAGCGCAUCGCCUUGUGGCCUACUACACCAAGAUUGUUCGACUGUUUGAUCAGUACGAUUGGUCAGCACAAGUUAUCACAAUAGCCAAGGCCGCUCUCUCAGUAGCAGACAGCUCAGACUCUAAUGUGGCUAUUCUCUGGUCCAGCCUGUUCAAACACCAUCUUCACUUGCAGCAUGUGCAGAAGGCCUACGUCGCGCUGUGCUCUAACCCAGACCCAGUCAGGCGACAGGAUUGCUUGCGUCGCUUGGUGUAUGUACUGUAUGAACAACAUGCGUUUGAGGAGCUGUGUCAGCUGCCGUUCGUGGGCCUAGAGGAUGAGGUUGUGUCCAUCAUGGAGUCUAGAGCACGCACUGUGGAAAUCUCCUCGCAUAGCUACUAUGAACUGCUCUACUCUUUCCACAUCAUGCGGGGAAGCUACAAGAAAGCUGCCUCCAGUCAGUAUGAAUGCGCUGUGCGCUUGACGAGUGAGAUGCCGACAGUGAAAGGAUUGCAACGCCGGGCUAAAUGUUUGGUGGCCGCAAUGAACGCUCUGCACCUGGUCCGUAGUGAUGAUGCCUGGCUGGUCAGACCUGUAGAUAGGAGUUCUACCCAGGAUGUAUUGAAACGUCAUCACGACGGUACAAGCGUAGUACCACAGGAUUCUCUUCACCAACCUAUAACAGUUGUGGAUUUGAAGGAUCUACGCGAAGAGCACGUCCUAGUGUCGGCAAGGCUCAAGCUGUUGCAGCGCAAUGCCGACGCUGGCACAUCGACCAACCCCGAUGAGUUACUGACCUUGCUGAUAGCCGCUGGUCUGUUCACCGUCGCCCUGGAUGUAUCACAGAUGUUCCAAUUCCCACCGACACCGGUCCUUGAAGGCCUCGCUGCAAGAUGCGUGAAACUGACGUCAGCUCGCAGUAAACAGCUUGCAACCGAUGUUGACGACGGCUGGGAUUGGUUGUCGGCGAAUGAAGUCAGCGGUAUCACAUCUAGUCGUUCUGGCAGUGUUGUGGAGUGUGCAUGGCAAUUGUUACGGCACUGUCUGUUCAACCGCGUCCCCUGCGACCAGCAGUCUGCCUGUUUCCGGGCCAUCACCGUUCAUUUCCUGUCAGUGUCUGCAGCAAUACCGCAGUGGUUCCUUGAUGCAUACAAGAUAAUCAACCCAGCACAGUUGAUCCAGCUCCUAGUGCAGUUUGGGCGUGUAGUGGAUGCAGGCAAUCUGGCUAUUCGCUACAUGUCUGCACUGAUGGGCACUGGCAAAGAAGAGUUUGGCAUCAAAGAUGCUGUCCACGCUCAAUCUCCUAUCUCAUGGCUACCCUACACCAUCCUAGAUCACUUAGCCACUUCUCUGAACAAUGCUGCAUCGCCGGGUUGCACUGACUCGAGUACAAUCGAGUGUUCGGCAAAGUUUCAAGAGCAGCUUCAACGCUACUAUGAGGCUGUCACAUCGUCCUCGCAGUCACGACUGCACGUAGCUAUGUCAAGCUCACACAUGUACAUGCAGGCAGGCCCUGUGUAACACCAACUUAUCUUUAAUCUUCUUUUUUUAAACUUCUUGAUUGUAAAAAAAACCAUCUCCCGUACAAAACCACUGGCACUGCCUCAUAGCCAGCUUUCAUGUGACCAUUAUUCUUUCUUAUGGUAUGUCCACCUUCUUCUCUUGCUUUGCUCUGUGUGUCUGCUGUUGUCCGCGUGUCUGCUGUCUCUCUGGUCCUCCUCUGCUCUCGUCAACAGACGCUCCGUACCGUGUAUCUUUUAUUUUCGUUUACAGUGCUACAGUGCCCAGUGAUUUUCAUGUGAGUUUGAAACGACUUUUAGGAAUUGUUGACUUUUGAACUAAGUCUCUCCUCA